AUGGAAAUAGGUGGGAACAUGAACAUGAACAUGUUAGGGCAUGAUCAUAAUAAUAAUAGUCACAUAAGCAGCAGCAGCAGAGGGCAAAAUGGUAAUAACAACACCUACCUCACCAAUUGGGAUAUAUGGGGUGGUGCUACUUCUACUUCUGCUGCUGCCACUAACAACAACUCAUUCUACUCUCCGGCGGGCGUCACUGUGGCAGCAACGGCGGGGGCUUCCAGCUCCGCCACGUGCUCCGAGGCCAGCCCCGGCGGUCACGCGUUCAUCAUGGGCCAUCCCUUGCAGCAGCAGCACUCUAGUUUCUACGGCGGCGGGGCCCGCUCCCAUUACCAUCCGGACCCACACCUGAUGUGCUUGAAGCUGGGGAAGAGGCACUACUUCGAGGAUCAUGCUCGAGCUCAUGCUCAUGCUCAUGCCCUGGAUGAUCGACACGUGGCGGGGCUCCCGGUGGGCGUGAUGAGCAAGAGAGGCAGAGGAGGAGCGGCGCAGCAACUGUAUGGGAGCGGGGCGACGCUAGCGUUGAAGGUGGUGCCACGGUGUCAGGUGGAGGGGUGCCACGUGCCGCUGAUGAACGCGAAGGAGUAUCACCGGAGGCACAAGGUGUGCGAGAUGCACUCCAAGGCUUCCAAGGUCACGGUGUUGGGCCAAGAGCAGCGCUUCUGUCAGCAGUGCAGCAGGUUUCAUGUAGUGUCAGAGUUUGACGAGUCUAAGAGGAGUUGUAGGAGGAGAUUAGCAGGCCAUAAUGAGCGAAGACGAAAGAGCUCUCAUGAUUCCCUAUCCAGAAUUUCUUCUCAAGAAAAGGGGAGGUUUGGAUACUUAUCAACUCCGACAGGACGUGCUCUCUCUCUUCUGUCAUCCAGGAACACUGGUUUUGAUUCCUGGGUAUCUCCCUCUGAUCUCUCCUCAAGAUCCAGUGCUGCACUUCGUGAGCUCAUUGCCGAAAACCGCGCAGCCGUCUUGGCUCGCCAGCUCAUUAAUUCAUCGGAAGACAGAAACUGGGAUUCAUCGUCACAUAACAACCAUGCAACCGAAGAUUUGUUUUGUGAUCAUGGCCAAUCAUGGUCCAAUUCAGUCGAACCACAGCAGCACCAGAUGUUUUCUGAUCAUAAUUAUCAACAUGGUUGGGACAGGUUCCAUGAAGGCAGUGGUGCGCAUUUGACGCUUGAUCUCCGGCAAGCUCCGAGCCCGGCAUACGGGUUCUUGCCUGAAAGGGGCAAAACCAAGGCUGAAGAAGAUCAAGAGUGUGAUUUGUGGAACUCCUUUCAUGGAGCCAGUGUGGUCUAA